AUGUCUAGGAUAACUUUAAUGAAAAUCAUCGUUCUAUUCGCGAUAUUAUGUGCACUACCAUGUUAUUCGAUAGAUUAUCCUCAAUAUCCUGCCAAUGAAAUACCAAAUCUAUCUCUAACUCCUCCCUUAACGAAUUUUGUAUUGCCAAUUUCUCCAGUACCAUAUAACAAUAAUUCUAAUAUUUCAUGGGUAAUAGAACCAAGCGGUCUUCAUGUAUUCAGUGCAGCAAGUUAUCCGAAUGGACCGAUAAUCCUACGACUAGUUCGUAGUGGUGUAAAUAACUGUUCUGAGCCUUACUUGUAUCUAAGAUUAAUAUAUCCAAAUGUUAUAGUUCUCAACAUUAGUACAAAUGACCCUAAUAUAACCGCGAUUCCUACUUUUAAUUUUUGUCCAAUUCCAACAACCAAUCCACCACGUGAUCUGAUUCGUAUUUUUCCCUUGUCAUAUAAUCAUAUUAUGAUCGCGUAUUUACAAAUUAAUAAUGGGACUGGUCCGGAAACUCAUGAGGAAUUUGGAAAGUUUAUUGAUUGGGAGGGGAAUGUUAUUCAAGAAUUAAACCUUGGACCUAUCAAUUUUACUACAAACGAUACUUCAUCAUUGGGUACAUUAGUGGUCGACUCUUCCCAAAGAUAUGGAUUUAUAUGGGUUAACCGCGUGUCUCAAAAUGAAACUAUAAGAUGGCAAAAAUAUUCUAUUUCAGACCAACGUAUUGUAAGCCCUUCAAAUAAUGGCAACUUUUCUAUAGAUCCAACGCAUCAAUACAAAAUAAUUGCAACAAUCGAUGGUGGAUAUUGUUUCGUCAUGGCGGGACCCUUAGUCAAUAAUAAUACUUUAUUUCCCAACGCUUAUUGGGUGGCUAGUGUAGUAUUUAUUCGUCCAUCUCCAACAUAUUAUACGACACUGCCCUCAUUAAUAUAUCAAUACAUGUUACAAGCAGUUUCAAUGAAUAUUGAAACAUGUGAUAAUACAUAUUAUGAACCUGAAUUAGCAUGUGUUUUUAGCAUUAAAAGUAGCAUUUCAAAUAUUUCUUCAAGUUACGUUAGAGUAGCAUUCUAUUCAAGUGGGGGUGUAAAAAACGCAACGACAUUGAAUAUUACUGAUAAUGUUUUUAAUAUUGAUACUAUGUACCAAUUAUGGAGUGGUGGAUACCUUUUAGUUGUUCGCUGGCAACCUAAUAUUAAUAACACUUUCACUGGUUAUAUUUAUGAUCUCCAAAGAAAUAAUUUAACCAUUUGGGAUGCACCCUCGUCGCCUGGAAAUUUUGUGAUCCCAAAUGGAGUAUUUACUAAUAAUACUGUUUGGAUGUUUUCGGAUGUAAAUUCUGCAACACCAAAUAUAAGUAAUUGGACAUUAACGACAACUAUUGCAAAAAAAUUUGUUACACUCGAUCAUGUUCCUGGAAAUUUAGAUAUCAACAUAACAUUCCCAAAUAUAACCGAAGCUUAUUCGAACAAAGAACUAGCGAUCAACAUGACAUUUUAUAAUAAAAUUGCAUUAUCAGUAAAAAAUAUUUCAAUAUAUCAAGAUAGUGGCACAGAUUUGAUACCAAGAUUAUAUUAUAAUGCACAGAAUAACAGUAAUAAAUUUAAUAUUUCAUCAGAUUCAAAGGUGAUUUCGAUAAAUAUUCUGAGUAGUACAUUUGCUUCUCCACAAAGUCGAUACUAUAUUGUUAUGGAUAAUAAUUUUAUUAAAGAUUAUGUGUCUGAUGAACCUUUGUCAGGUGCUAACUGGAGUUUUACAACAGGACCAAAAACGGAACAAGCCCUUGGAAGUGCGGAAUACGCAUUGGUCCGUUUAAACGCGGAUGAGUCAAACAACUUUAAUAACCUUUCGAAAAGCGGCAGAUCAGAUUAUCUCUAUAAUUUAACAAAGGAACUUGCACAUUCAGUUCCAAUAGAUCACUCAAAUUUAGUAGCGGUUAAUCAAUUUCAAUGGGAUAAAAAUGUUAAUAAUUUACAGAUUUUAUUAAAAUUUCAAAUAUUACCAAACGAUAACGUGAAUAAUCUUACCGUACUGGAAGUUAUUGAAACGCUAAACGAUUUGAUAACAAACAGAGAUGUUACAUGGAUAUCUAAGUCAAAGUUUAGCAGUAAUUUGGAUAGUCAAUACGGAUUUAUGCUUAAAAGCAAUUCAAAUGAUGCAAAUCAUUCGAAUACAACCACUGGAUCUGAGAAAUUUGAGAACGUUUGGACUCGUUAUGGAUAUAAUUUAAUUUUCAUAGGGCUCAUUCCCUUUUUUUUAGCCGUUCUUACACUAUUGUCAUACCGAGAAAGAAAUAAUGGAAACAACUUUAUGCCAUUCAAAAUCUUACUUAUAAUUUUUGAUUUUGUUAUCGACUUGAUGUUUGUACUUGUAUAUUCGAGGGAUUUAAACGUCUUGUUUUAUCCUAGAACAUAUCACAACGUAGCGGCUAUAUCUACGCUCUGCGCUGGAAUAGAUAUUGAUAUAUUGACAUUAAUAACAUCGAAAUUAGCAAAUAGUCCAUUGUUUAAAGCACCAUUAUCUCAAUCAAGUAAAAAUUGGAUAUCUCGUGUUGGCUGUAUUAAUUUUUUUAUUGAAGAUGCACCUCAUUGUAUAGUUCUUGGCAGAAUAUACAAAUGUUUAAACCGUAUAGAAACACCUAAUUAUUCCACCAUCGAAACAUCAUUUCAUGACCAUAAUGACGAAUCAUCAUCGAAGUACAGUCACGAAUAUAUUGAAGAUAUCCCAUCGUCACCUAGUAUUGUUCCUGAGACAAGGGUAAGCCCACCAAGUCAUGUGUGGAUACCAAGUUUCGGAUUUGGAAAUCAUGGUAUCCCAAGAACUCAUUCUGAAAGAAUUAAUUUACCGUUAGCUCCGUUGGGCAGGCAUAAUAAAGUUAAUGCUAUGUCAGUUGAAAAACCACGAAUUAUUACAACUAACGAGAAUAUAGAAAACAUAGAAAGUAUAAGUGGUACACCAGGAAUUACGAUAACGCAUAUUAAAGAUGGAGAAAGAAACGGAGGAGAAUUUGAAGAUGAUGAUAGUGUCAUUAGUAAAAGAUAUAAAUAUCAUAGUGGAGAUUACGGACUAUUGAAUUAUAAAGCAGCGGAUAGUAACGACGAUGAGUUUGAGCAAGAAGACCUUGAUAUAAGACAUAAAUAUCAUAGUAAUUCACGUUACAACCAAUUGAGUAAUAAUGCAAUGGAUAGUUGA